AGGCGCAUUGCAUUUUAAUUUUUAAAUGAUUAGUAGGGCCGGGAAACGUCGCGUUUAGAUCAAAAGAACAACUUUGUCAAAGAGAAGCUAGAUGGCUUUAUGAAGAAACCUCUCUAAUAGGACUAUUUCCGGAUCCUUGUGGCAAACACUGUUGUCACAUUUGUUACAGUGGUGCUAUGUUUUAGUGAAAUUAUUUGUAUAUACUCCUCAAGCAACGCCGAAUGCUCAUACAUCUUGCCGUAAUAAACAUGAAAACUUCGUUGUAGUGCAGAGGUGUCAACCCAUAGACAUCUCUCCAACUUCCCAUGCUGACACAUAUUUGUUACCAAGAUGGAUGAGAGCUCGCAAGGCUCUGUUGAAAUGAUUGAGGGUGUGGAGAUAAUGACACCUCAUGUUGAAAAACUCGGAGGCACUAUGCGUGAUGAAUACUUACACACUCAAUGUAUUGACAUACAGCGUGUACACGGGGGCUCACCUGGAGGAACAUUGCUCACCACUGAUCUAAUGCAAGCCCACUUACAUCCUCAGAUGGUGGAAGAAUUUACUACUCAUGGGGGACAAGAAUAUUAUGAACAUCACAUAUUACAAGAACAUGAUCUAGCUGAUGCUGAUCGUCAUCUUGUUGAGCUGCAGACAGUUGUAGAGGAGCCUCAAAACUUAUCAUCGCCUGUAACUGUUGUGGGUGAGAAAGGUGGAAUAGCUAUGCUCUCUGCCUACAUCCAGACCACAAGCGAUAUGACCCCAACUCAACACAUAAUCAUUGAUUCUAGUGAUAGAAGUGUCAAGAUGUUUCCGCAACAAAGACUACCUUCAAUGUCACAGCUUCCCCCUUUGAAAAAGGCUUUAACUAACUCAACAAUCCGAAGUCGAUAUUUGAGACCCCAGUCACAUCAUUCACUUGAUGAGGAAGUUACACUGACGCCUAUGACAACAACUCACCAUUCUCUAGAUGGUUCAAAUGUGAUAGUUGGACACCACAUAGUACAAGAUGGGACCACUGAUGGACAUCAUAGGUUACUGGCCACAACAGAUGCAGAUGGACAUACCAUUUUGGUUGAAGAUCCCAUACCUUCUGGUCAUCGCUUAAUAACACAAGAUAACCAACGAAUUCUAGUUGCGCAGGACGCAUCAAUGGCUCAUAGGUAUGGCCUAUUCACCAAUUUGACUACGUCAAAUGGUAGCCAUAGGCUUGCCACAAGCAUUAAUGGUCAUCGGAUGCUGGACGUCCAAACAGAUCAUACAACUCGCUACUUGACUCAUCAGGAAGCAAGUGUUGUCACUAGUAUGGCAAGUCAAAGACUGAUAACUCAAUCCCAUCAAACUCAAGUUCAGACUCAAGCUGAAAUGGAUGUUGCUGAAAGACUUUUAGAUGAAGAAUCUCCUGAACAUCAAAUGCUUGUACAAGAACAGCUCAUUCAUGUUGUUCUUGACCAAAAUGCCCAAGCAGAACUGGGAGUUGUGGUACCAACUCCUGGUCAAAGAGUAUUGCUUCAAGGACCAGAAGGGUGGACAACACUUGACCCUGCAUCAUGCGAUACAGAUACAGCUGAUCAUGAUUCCAGAGAUACAAGCAUGGUAGAAAUGCAGGAACAAGGACUGAUAGUGAAGCAUGAGGAAGUAGACCUAGCUGAAGGUAUGGUUGAAGAGGUGGAAGGCCUAGACGGAUCAGCUGAAGUUGGAGAGGGUAGUGAUGGUGAUGUACCCAUUGAAGAUAUAAAUGAUUCAGAUUUUGAUGGGGAAGGGGACAUGAGAACAUCUAGGCGAAGUCUUCCUCACAAAAAGAGACUUUCUAAAAAGUUAAGAAAUCCUCGUAAAGCACAGUCUGAAUCUCCCCUGCCCAGAACUGUUCAUGCCAAAUGUUACAAAUGUAACAAGUGUGGAGAUCAGUUUGAUACUCAAGCUGCAUAUGCAACUCAUAGAAUUACCCACAACACAGACAGUAAAAAAGGAUUAUCUUAUUCUUGUGAAAUAUGUGGCAAAACUAUACCAAACCAACUGAAGUUUUUUGAACACUUGAAGGUCCACUAUGAACCUGUCACUGGUACAUUUGUGGGUAACAUAUCACCAGAAGCAGAGGAAUCUGUGAAUGUGGAAAAUGGCUCAAGUCAUCCAAAAGUGACUGAUCGCAAUGUGAAUUCUUCAGUUGUUGUUGUGAAAGAUGACUCUCAUCGAUUACAACAUCAUAUUGUUGAAAUUCAGCAGCCACAACAGCAGCAACAUAAUCUUCAACCAUUGGUGCAAGAUCAUGCUCAGCAACAAACUCAUCACCACCAAGUUCUGCAACAACACAAUCAAAGGCUUGUUCAACGACAGGCUGCUCACACUCCUCAGCAUCACCAGGGCUUACAAGGACAGCGGCAAGCAAGGCGUCAAGAAGAAAUAAUUGAAAAUCAGGAUGUAGAGAUGCAAACAAUGAUUCUAAAAGUAGAAAAUAUACCUGUCCAAGGUAUGAAUAAGCCUCAUCAUCAGUUAAAUUCACACCAUCACCAACAACAUCAACAGCAGCAACAUCAACAACAGCAACAGCAACAGCAGCAGCAACAGCAGCAGCAGCAGCAGCAGCAGCAGCAGCAGCAGCAUCAACAGCAGCAGCAACAUCAACAGCAGCAACAGCAGCAACAGCAGCAACAGCAACAGCAGGCUCACCUCCCUCAAAUUCACCAACUUCAGAAUGGUCGUUUGAGGUCAUCAAAAAAUGACCAAGAGAACCUUCAACAUAUUCAGCAUCGUAAUCAACAGCACCAUGUUCAAGCAAGUCGCCAAAGUCAUCCAUCCUUGCAACACACUGUAAUUGAAACAGAACCUCCCCCAUUAGUUCCUAUCCUUCCCCCUGUUUCAACCAUUACAGGAUCUCUUAAUUUAUCAUGCAAUAUUUGUGGAAAACUCUUUAGACGUCAAAAAACACUAGAAACUCAUCUAAGUGUUGCUCAUCCAAAACAGGAAGAUAUAGAACAAUUUAGUGACCCAGAAGACAUGAUGGAAGGUAUACGAGAAGUUGUGGAGUCAAUGGUCCGCUUGACUACUUUAACAACUCAUGGAUCUGAUAACCUUCAGAAAUCCCACUCUGUCUGGUACAGAGACGAAGAUCUUUCAGCAACAGAAGCUGAUCUGCAAGCUUUACAACAUGCUGAGAAUGAGCAGCACCACAGCCAAGAGCAACACAUUCAGCAACAACCUACACCGCAACAGCAGCCGUCACAACAGCUUGAGUUAAAUCACAUGUGUGAAUUGUGUGGAGAUGCAUUUCACUCUAAAGCAAGGUUAAAUCAACACCUUAGAAUAGAACAUUUAGAAUUGCGACAGAAAGGGAAAGAAAAAAAUACAGAGGACGAUGACGACGAAUCUCCAAGAGGAAAGAAACCCCUUAAGCGACUUGCAUGCACUCAGUGUGAUCGAGUAUUUAACCAUCGCAAUUCUUUAGUUUACCACCUACGAAGUCAUUCAGGGGAGAGACCUCAUCAAUGUGAAGAGUGUGGGAAAAGCUUUUUUGCAACUAGUGCACUGAAGGUUCAUAUGCGGCUCCAUUCUGGAGAUAAGCCUUACAAAUGUGAAUUCUGUGGAAGAAAUUUCCGCCAAUGGGGAGAUCUUAAGUACCAUUGUACAUCCCGUCACUCAGAAGAAAAGCAGUACCAAUGUGAAUAUUGUGGAAAGGACUUUGCUCGCAAGUAUUCACUUAUUGUUCACCGGCGCAUACAUACUGGAGAAAAGGACUAUGUAUGUGAAUUUUGUAAUAAGAAGUUCCGAGCUUCCUCGUAUCUCCAAAACCACCGGAGGAUUCACACAGGUGAAAAGCCACACCGCUGUGAGGUCUGUGAUAAACCCUUUAGAGUGCGAUCUGACAUGAAACGUCAUCUGAAUACUCACAAUAGAGAAAGACAGCGUGCAGCUGGUCCAAGUGCUGCCCGUGGCAAUAACCAUAAGAUGGAGGUAGUAGAAUCAGAAGCAGAGGUUGAUACACCUGACUCGCAAGACCAUACUUCUCUUCAUCAAAAUAUUCACAUACAUGAAUUGGAAAACUCCACUACAAUCACAGUGAUGAAGAAUGAUUCAGAAGGAUUAGAGAUUCUUCCUGAUCACCCAUCGGGCCACCAUCAAAGCUCUACCACAAUAAGUCUGAGCUCUCAUACCACAGAUGCUGGUCUUCAGUACGCCAGUGAGAGAGAUUCUCUGGAGGGUCGUGCUCAUGCAGCAGGGACAACACAAUCUGGGCAGCUCGUGUAUGUCUUACCCACCAAUUAUUACAUGUAAUCUCAGUUACAUCAUUGUAUUUUCACCAUUCUACCAUCUAAUGGUGAUUUCUUUCAUAAAGUCAACACGGAUACAUUUUGGUAGCUAUUUAAACUAUCUAGUGAGCACUUCUGCCUCUUAACUUUUUUUUUCUCUGUGAUAUUCCUGCAGCCCAGUCGCUGGCCUAGAGUUGUAUAAUGGUCCCUUUGUUUGACCCUUCAUAAUGUUACCAUCUUGAUUCUCAUUGGCUAAAUGUACAUAGUGGUCUGCUUUUUGAUCCUAAAGAGUGAGUUAUUGUAGUUUCAUAUACUAUAUCUUGUACAAAAUGUGACAUUUUUGUGAGAAUUAGCAUGUGUAUUGAAUCUUGAUGUAUUUUAUAGAAGUCAAAUAAGUUGUUGAUCAAUUAUACAUAUUCUUAAAGACAUUAGUAACUAGAAAUGAAGUAAAAUAUUCUAUUUCUCUAUCUUUGUGUUAAAAUCAAUAUGGUAUUGUAGUAGAGCUCAAUUGUUGUAGAAUAGAAUAGUAAAUUUGUAUGUAUGGGUAUAGUUAACGAAUUGAUCAUAUAGAGGUACAUGUGUAGUUUUAAAUUCUAAGCCACGGAACAAUGAACAUUAAUUAUUACUUUUUAAAAAUUUUAGAGUUUCUUACUAAUCUUGCCCCAGUUUCAGCUCCAAAUGUGGCUCAAUGGACAUGUACUAAAUUAUUGUUAUAUUAUACUUGAAAAGCAAUUUCUUAUAAUCGCUUGAAACCUUUUGGUAUUAUUUUUCAGCUACAACUUUUGUCAUAACCUACAGUUGGUUUAAGGAAUUGCAACCAAUUAGUUCUUAACUUCAAUCACUGCCAUAUAGAGUUUUAAUCUAACUCUGAUCUAGGAGAAUUCUAUAGUUAUUGUACAAAAUUUGCAGAUGAUAUUUUAGAAGGCCUAUUUUAGGUGACAGCUUGUGCAAAAUGUUUUUAAAACAGGCAUACGUGUCUGAAUCUUUUCAUUUGUUGUAAUCGGAUUAUGAGAUAUUAUUUUACUGUAGUCAAACCGAUUAAGUAAUCAAAGUUCUGUCUUACUUCUAAGAAUGUUAUUCUGGGUUCUGUCGUGCAUUAAUUUGAAUCAUGUUUUCUGAUCAUCCUAUUAGAUUUUUAGACGUAGAUUAAGAGGGAUUGCUUGAGUCCUGUAUUUUUUUCUGGCCAAUGACCUUGCAAGUCCAAGCACCUCAAUGACUUCACAGUGCAAUCAAGAACAAUUAUGAGGCUUUCUUCUAUGUAUGACUUGAGUAGUAUGCACCAUUACUGUAUACAUGUAUACAAAUUAGAAAUUUAAGAUGAUUAAAUCUAGCUAAUAAGCAAGGAUAAAGCAUAUUACUGUACUUUAUUAUGUAUGUAAAUUGACAUAUCAGGCCAUGUAUAUUAUCAAACACAUUUAAAAAAAAAUCCAAGAUCUACUUUUCUCUUUGGCAUUGUACCAGUUUUUAUUUUGAAGUACCUAGAUGAAAUCUAUGUCACUCAUUUCCUUUAAGGUCUGGCUUGUUUGAUGUGACAGGCUACUUUACAUGGCAAGAUUGCAUGGAACGGAAUGACUUAUAUGGGGCCUUUCUAUUUUGCAGUUAGCUAUAUUUUAAUGCAAAUUUUGGUCUUUAAUUCAAGCUGUGGCAAUGUACUGCCAAAGUACAUAUUGAACGCCUUUAUUCUUUAUUGUUAUGAUCAGUUUGCCUUGUAUAGUUCCAGAGAGAUUGAUAAUCCAAUAUUUCAUAUUUCCCACCAAAACUUCAACUUUUGAUGCAGAAGAACAUCAUUAACUUACAUCAGGCUGGCAACUGUUUCUUACAAUGUGUACUGAAGAUUUGGCAUAAAAAAAGAAAGGAAGAAAAAAAGGAAGUUGCCAACUGAAAACAAUUUUUCUGUUCCAUGAGUUAUUGCUUGAAAAAAUUCAUGAUAUUGGGGGAUUCAAGAUUGGGGAGGAUCAGUAAACAAAUAUUCAUUCAAAAUUUCCUUUCUUUCUUUUAUUUGAUUUUCUGGUCACAUCAUGAAGUCUUGUUAAAUUGCUACCAUUCAUUUUCUGGUAAAUCACUUAUAAAGAUCUGAUUGUGUUACAGGUUGUAUAGUAAAUUUGAAAAAUAGGUGUUGUAGUUCACAAAUUAUUUAUCAUGAUAUGUUUUUAACGUACUUUUAAUUUUUGUUAAGAGAGGCAUAAAGUCUCAUUAUCAAGGCCAAUCAGCAAUUUAAGCACAAAUAUAGGCUAUUUAAGACUGAAAAACAUGUUUGCAUACCAAACUGGCCAAAUGUGGAGAAAAGGAGGUGUUGUCUGCGUCUGAUGAUCAACAUUAAUUUAAUGUUUCACCACAACUUUUUUUCUCCACUUCAAAAACUUAAUUUUAUAUGAACUUCAGGAGCUUUGUUCCUCAUUAUAGAGCUCUAUAAUUUAAUUUAUAUUUAUUGAACGAAGCAGUUUAAUGUAUGUUUUACGCUUGACUUUUUAAAAUGGAGAACUUUAGAAUUGUGAUACGCUGUUUACUUCUGAACCCCCAACUUCUAAACCUUGCCAGUUAUGUAAAUUAUCCUUCUAAAAGUCCCAGUCAAAAGGAUGAUUAGUUCUUUGAGUUAUGCACAGAAAUCUCUUUUUCUGCUCUUGAUUUCUUUUUCUGAAAGUGGCAUGUAUAAUAGAACAUUUGUAAAUAUUUAUAAGUAUUUUUUCUGAUGUAUGGUGACUGAUAUUAGACUCAAGUUUCUUUAUUGGUUCAUUGUCUUUAUGAAUACACCAGUUCAAACCAUAA